CGUGUAUGCUUCUAGUAAGAAACUUAUUUCAAGACAAUUUAGAAUUCAAUUUGUUUUUAGCAGUAAAAAUGUUCAAAGUGUUUAUCAUGCUUUUCAUUUGCGCGCUGGUUAAUGCAGCACCCGAUAACUUAGCGCUCCUACCGUCAGCUCCAUUGACAGCCGCGCUGCCGCUCUACAAGUCCGCGUUUGUUGCUGAGCCCACACACGUUGAAGUGCACGAACCCGCCUUGGCUAAAGUGGGCGAAAUGGUCGAGAGUGUACCCACUGCUGUUUCGCAUCAGAGUUCAACCGUUGUGCAUAGCAAAGCUCAGCGCAUUACACCGUUAAUGACACCCGCCAUCCGCUCAUAUGCCACACCUGCCUUUCGAACUUUUGCAGCUGCAGCACCAUUCCUGCAACACGUACCGCUCCUGCGCACAUUACCAUUCGGUUUCGGUCCAGCUGCCGCUUUUGUUCACGCCAACGCUCCGGUACAAGUGCGUUCGUUCACUUCGGCUGCUCCAUUACAGGCACCAGUCUAUCGCUCCUAUGGAUUUACCACUUAUGGCCAGCCGCUGGUCUAUACCUCUGCCGAAUUUAAGAAAUAAAUGGGGAACAAAUCCGACGAGCGGCUUAUUGAGGAAUAUUUUGAAAACAGAUUUUAAUUGAUAAAUUCGGAAUUCUGUAAAUAAAAUGCAUACAAAUGUCAUAUAAAUUAUCUCUGCAAGUGCUUUCUCUUCGUUAUGCUUUCAGCUCUGUACAUCUUGGUUGCUAUUUUUGUCCUGUGGCAUAAUUAACUUCUCGUAAUCGCAUAAAUCUCCACAGAAAAUAUACUUGUAUCAAGUGAGGGAGAUGGCUUGCUUUUGCAGUGGGUUUUGUGAAAUUUAGGCCAUUCUUCUCGACAUUUUCUAUAUAUAUAUCCCGAAGGACGCUGUUCUGCACACUAACGGAAUCUUUCUGCUAUAAAAUUUGAUUAAACAC